UUCGCCGGAAUCAACCAAUAUCACCUUUCUCGGUCUUGUUUCUGAUCCAUGAUCAUUGCUGGGCAAUCUGUUUUCCUUUCGGUGGUCGGAUUUCGGUCCAUUGGAUGACUGUCGUCCCCAGUGAUCCUGGCAGAGCAAGAGGUUUCCCCAGAUCGAGCCUUUCGACUGUGAAAGCGAAGCCGAUUUUCACUCCCUAGUCGCUCGUUACGCCUAACGCCCUGCCAACCUCACCCUUCUACGACGAUUUUGGUCCUCUCUGUGGCCCAGGUCCCCAAUCUGUCGCUUUUAUCGUGGCUCUGCAACAAGCGACACUACCUUCUCCCAUAAAGGGGCCCCCGGCCGCCGCGAUCCACCUUCCUUGACUAACGAGGAUUAAAGGAUACAACAAUCACGUCACUUCGAUGGGCAUCAUACAUCGACUCGCAAAGCGAGUAUCAUACUUGCCCGUGGCGGCAUCCCUCGACAAUGCUCUGAGCGAGAAGGGGACCAUAAUACCACGUUUUGCUUUCUUCAGACGGCGGAUACGUUUAAGAAGAAACUCCGCCAUCUCAAUUCCCUUAGGAUUUGUUUUAUUAUUUCCAUGUAUUGUAAUUGUUCUUAUUGUUCUUCUCAUCGUCACCCAUCCCUCUUCCUCGGGUGGGAUCCUCGUGCCAGCUGGCACUCCUCCGACGAUAAGAAAAAUCAGCGAGAAGUAUGACAAAGUAUUCGCAACCGGCUGCCUCGAACUUGAUACCUCGACCCCCAGGGCCAACGCAGCUUUUGUUGUCUUGGCCCGAAAUAAGGAGAUAGAUGGCGUGAUACAAUCCAUGAAAUCGAUCGAGAGGCAUUUCAAUCGAUUCUACAAUUAUCCUUAUGUGUUCUUAAACGACGGCGAUUUCGAUGAGGAUUUCAAAUCCACAGUGAGAAAUUAUACCGGUGCUUCGGUCGAAUUCGGUAAAAUCGACUCGACCAUGUGGGGUUAUCCCGACUGGAUAGAUCAUGAAGUGGCAAAGGAAGGAAUCCGCAAACAAGGUGAUGCAGCUAUCAUGUAUGGCGGAUUGGAGAGUUACCACCACAUGUGCCGCUUUUAUUCAGGGUUCUUCUAUAAGCAUCCUCUGCUCAUGAACUAUGAGUGGUACUGGCGCCUGGAACCCGAUAUCAAAUAUUUCUGUGACAUUACCUAUGAUCCCUUCCUUAAGAUGAUCGAGCACAACAAAACUUACGGCUUUACCAUUGCUGUUAAGGAGCUCCGAGAGACCGUACCGAAUAUUUUCCGCUAUGCAUCUGCCUACAAGCGAAUGAAUAAUUUGACAUCUAAAGGACUCUGGGAAAUGUUCUUGGAAGAGCCAGUGGAAACCCAACAAAAGCCAAAGGAGGGAAAACCUGGUGAAAAUCCGCUACCAGAUGAACUCCUACAAACAACACCCGGCGAUAGCGGCACCCCGGAGGUUAGUCCCGAGGCCAUGGAGGGCGAAGAGUACAACAUGUGCCAUUUCUGGAGUAACUUUGAAAUUGCUCGACUUGACUGGUUCCGUAGUAAAGAGUACGAAGAUUUCUUUACGAUGAUGGACCGCAGCGGAGGUUUCUGGAUGGAAAGGUGGGGUGAUGCUCCCAUACAUUCUCUUGCUGCCGGUGCGCUCUUGUCACCUAGCGACAUCCAUUACUUCAGAGAUUUCGGAUACCGACAUACAACGAUUCAGCACUGUCCAGCAAAUGCUCCAGCCCGCCAGCGCGAUCGUAUUCCGUGGUUGGAAAUGACGACUGAAGACGAAAAGAAGCGUCAAGAAGAGGACGAGUAUUGGGACACUCCAGAUCCUCCAAAGGAAAAUGGGGUCGGCUGCAGAUGCAGAUGUGAUACUGACAUCGUUGAUGUCGAAGGCAAGCAAGGUAGCUGCUUGGCCGAAUGGGUUAAAGUAGCCGGAGGAUGGGCAUCUCCUUAACGACUCGAUUCAGCGCGCAUUUCCGUACGUUUUCAUUAGCGCUCCUCCGUAUGGUCCUCGAAAGUUGUUACAGAGCGUUCAAUACCUAUACCUCUAUCUGGCACUUCGAAGCCUUAUAUUCAGUUUAUUCCUGCAUUUCCUGUUGGCCAUGGGAUAAUCGGAAACACGGCGUUUCACGGGGGAUAAUUCAUCGACCUUCUCAAUUCAAAAACAACACUAUACUUCCGAAUUUUUACGGUGCCUAAUUACGCUUCUAUUCUUUUGGAUGAACAUAAAAUCCACUUUUCUUCAUAACUCUGUUUUAACGCCCUCCAUUCCUGUCCACAGAUAUGCGUCGUGCUUGAGCGUUAUCGGUAUAGGCUUUCCCAAAAAGAUAUGCCAUACCCAAACAACAACGGUUAAUCCAACCAACGUUGCGCUAUCAAGCUUCGGUGUCACCAAAGUGAAUCACAGAGGCAAAUUGCUUGUGACAAGAUGCACCUUUUAUGUUUUUUCCUAUUCGUACAUCCAUGCCCCAUCUCCAUCCGCAGUGGUCGUCUAGUUACACUACAUCCAGAUGCUGGAAUGAUUCGAAAAUCCUUGCUGAAGGCAUGUACAACAUCCUGCUUAUGAAAUAACUUUGUACCGUGUAGACCAUCCUAUUCCAUUUACAUUUAUAAUAUUCUUCUCACCCUCUUUACCUUUUUCGGUGUAUACAUAGGAUGGUUUGACUCUUUUUUUCCUUUUUCGAUUCAUGUGUUCUUCUGCAGCAUGUUUAUAUUCAGGGAGAAAGGUCCGAGCGGACUCUAGGCUUCUGUUAACCUGCUAUUUCUGCUUACGAGGUAAGGUACAUGUCUUUCGUGGGUUGAUGGAGAAGCUGCUCAGACGAUGAGCUCUCACUACUUGCCCAUUGUCUAAUAUUGCAAAUGGACCAUCAGGCGAAAAUCUUCAUCAAACAAAAG